CUCAGAGCUGCGGCCAUGCUGAUGCACCGCCGUUGCACCGCCGUUGCAUAAUAAUGUUUUUAAAAAUACCAAAAUAUUAAAAUAAUUAGAAUGAUGAUAAUGAUUAGUAAAACAAAUAACAGCAGCAGUUUGGCACUGGAUGAAAUGAAUGAGUUAAUAUGUCCUAGCAGUCAGAGGUUUGUGACAAGUUGCUGUCAAUUACACCAGAAAGAGACAACUUCAGCUAAAUCAUAUCCAAAUAAAAUAAUCAGAGCUUCUCCAGAAACCAGUAAACGUUACUUAGAGAGCGAUGCCUACAAAGAAACAUAUGGUGACAAGCUAGUGUGGGAGUUGUACAGAAGAAAUUUCAAGGGACAGUACCCUCCACCAACCAGAAAAAAGUGCAUUAGAGCUGAAUACAUAGCCACAGGUAAUCCCUGUCCAAUAUGUCGAGAUGAAUUCCUUGUUUUACACCACACGAAUGUGAAACUUCUGCAACAGUUCAUCUGUCCACAUAGUGGAGAAAUUCUUCCUUCAAUAAAAACCGGAAUUUGUCAGCAAACAUUUAGAACACUUCAAAUAGAAGUAGCCAUUGCCAUUGAUCUAGUCUCUAUCACAUCUACUCACAAGAUCUUGGUUGGCCUGGGGCUAUAGCUGAAGAUGCUUGCCCAUGGUGCCGUGCAGUGGGAUUGAACCUGGGGCCAUGUGGUUGGGAAGUAAACUUCUUAAUAUACUUCCAUCCCUGUGUGUAGGUAAACACACACAUGAAAAAGCAGAAAACAUAAAUGAAACAAAUAUUUAACAUCUCAAAGGUAACAAGAAAACUAAACUUUACCAUU